GUCUGGGAGCGCACGCACGGAGAUGAGAGUCACGUGAGGCUCUGAACUCAACACUAUGGCUUCUGAAGACAACAAAAUAUUCUAGACUUCUUAGGAAAUUUUUGUGAGGUUAUGGUGGUUCUCGAAGUACUGGAAAUUCAAUUGAUAAAUCCCGCAAACAUGGGACUUGGCGUCGUGAUGGCAGCUGUUCCAGAGCGCAGUUGCUGACAAGCAGCAAACAGUGCAGAGCUUCUUGUAGGGGCCUACAAGGGCCACAGUCUGGUUAACUGAAAGAGAUCAUGGAGUGGCUAGCCCCAGCCUUGGAGAGGGACCUGGGUAUCGAUCAGCGGCAGACUGCACCCAGUCAGCGACCCAAUGAACUGGUGGUCCUGGUCCCAACUCGAUGGGUAAUGGCCCUGAGAAACAAGAGAGUUACUCGCUGUGCGCGAUAUGAGUGCUUCAGCGAGGGAGAAAUCUGCACUCUCCUCCAGCGCUCUCAGAUGAAAUUGCCAUCUGGUUGGACACGUGUUUGUAUCCAAGGCCUUAGAAAGUGUAAACUAGGAUACAGAUUAGCCAGGGAGCCAGGCUGCCAUGGAGAGGGACUCUCACAGGACUCUUUCAUGACUCUGAUGCAGGGAGUAUCCCAGUCUAAUUUCAGAAAUCUAUGGCGUGAAGCUUACAUGAAUCAUGUGCAACCAUAUGCAGAUUCCAUUGAGCAAACACCUGUUUUGGCCAUUGAUGCUGUUCGACAAGCCUUACAGAAACUGUUUUGCUCCAACAUUAUCUCUUCCGAUCGAUUGUCACCGUCCCUCUCUCCAGCCAAAGAGAAGGAGAAAGACAGCCCAUUCCCAUCCAACUGCUCAGCUCUUAAACAAAGUACUGACAGUUUGUGUCCAAAUGUGCUACCUGCUGAAUGCUUGCUGGAGUCAGAGGAGGUUCUUUAUGUGGUUUUCCCAUACACACAAUACACUGUUCAUGACAUUGUCACUUACAGUCCAGCUAAGCUGGCUAACAGCCAUGCUAAGAUAUUGUUCAUUUUGUACCAACUGCUCAUAGCAAUGCGCGAAUGUCAUGCCUCAGGGCUACUGUGUGGCGAACUCUCCUUACUUGACAUUGCAGUUGAUGAGCAGCUCUGCAGUCGCCUAAAGAUAUCUCUGGCACAUUAUGAAAAGUUUGGAGAGUACAGGGAUUCUGUGCCACAUACAUUGGGAAGUGAAGUGCCAAAAAGUGUUACAGCAAAAGACAAUCAGAGUCAUAACAGUGGUGUGAGUGAACAUCUUUGUAGAAAUUGUCUGGAUGAGCUCAAAUCUCUGGUCUUAGACUGGGUUAAUGGUCAAGUCAGCAACUUUCAAUAUCUGAUGGAAUUAAACCGACUGGCAGGGAGGCGUGAGGGAGACCCAAACUAUCACCCGGUUUUACCUUGGGUGGUAGAUUUCACUGUGCCAUAUGGAAGGUUUCGUGAUCUCAAGAAGUCAAAAUUUCGUCUGAAUAAAGGUGAUAAACAACUGGACUUCACGUAUGAAAUGACCAAAGAAGCACUAGCAGCAGCUAAUGGAAGUGGUGGAAGCAAUUUUGCCUCAGACCUUUGUGGGCCGGUAGUACCUGGUGGCUCAGGCCAGUUAGAUCACCUCCAUGUUCCCCAUCAUAUCUCAGAUGUUCUGUCAGACAUCACUUAUUAUGUCUACAAAGCUAGACAGACACCCAAAUCUGUACUGUGCAGCCAUGUUCGUUCCCAGUGGGAGCCCAAUGAAUAUCCGGCUAGUAUGGAACGUAUUCAGAGUUGGACCCCAGAUGAAUGCAUCCCAGAAUUUUACACGGAUCCCUCAAUAUUCCACUCCAUUCACCCAGACAUGCCAGACCUUGAUAUACCUCCAUGGUGUAACUCCUACGAAGAGUUUACUGCUGUUCAUAGACAACUGCUAGAGAGUCGAGAAGUGUCUCAACAGUUGCAUCACUGGAUUGACCUAACAUUUGGCUACAAGUUAUCCGGUAAAGAAGCCGUCAAAGCUAAGAAUGUGUGCUUGCACUUGGUGGAUAGCCACACCCAUCUCACCAGCUAUGGAGUUGUGCAACUAUUUGACUACCCUCACCCACCUCGUCUUGCACCUUACCAGUAUUCACCUCCAGAGCCUCCCCACUUUGGGCCUGUCAACGUAACGACCUGGCAGAUUCCACCACUUGAAACCACAAUGGAUUGUGUGGAUGGACUGGUCCCAGAAACAACAGGAUGUGAAUCUAGUGGUUGGUCAGUUGUAGGCCGGGAUGAGGAGCUUGAGCAAGCAAUGGAAGCCCUUGACUUAAGUGGCUCAUCAUCAUCUAGUUCUGUUCCAAUCCCUUUGGCUGGUUCUGUUGGUGGAAAGACCAGUGGAGAGAGUAUUGCUUUGGCUGUGUCUCCUUCUCAUGGUUCUUUCCCUGGUGAAACAUCUGGAAGUGUCACAAAUACGCUAGGAUCAGGUAUUAGAGCAUCCAUGCUUCACAGAGCAGCCUCUGUUGGUAAAAGGCCAGAGGCUUCUAAUUUUGAGGAUUUUAAGAUAAGCCUGCCAGAGGGAUUUAAACCUUUGCAGCCUUUGGAAGAGUUGGAAAAGCUCAACAACUUCUUGGUGAAAGGUCUACACUGUCAAGCCCAGCAUACAAUGGGUCUUGACAUGAACAAGAAAGACUUGAGACCUGUACUGAAAGUUCCUCUGUCAGUUACAGAUCUUUUCCAGAGAGAUAUACAAGCCUUGGGUGUUCUCAUUGCUGAGAUCUUUUAUUCCUCCAAACUGCGGGGACUGAGACCUGGAACACGCCUGACUGAUCGAUUUCAAGCAGUAUUGAAGCUGUGCUCUACAAACUUUCGAGAUGUUCCACUACCACUCCAUUAUGCACUAGAGUCACUUCUGCAGGUCCACAAGCAUUGCUCUAAGACAGAAACAUUCACAAUACACCCGGAAGGACUACCGUAUCUGUUCAAAUAUGACCCUAUAUGUGAGGGUCUCCCACCACCAAACCCUUGGCAAUUGCUUAGUCCUGUUCUCUCCCCUCUACCCUUUCCAGCAUAUUUCCCAACACUGCAUGGAUUCAUAUUCUCCUACCAAUCCAAGAUGGAGUCCAUUAACAGUGUUCAGGGCCGUGACAUUGUGUUCAACUUAUGGCAGCAGCUGGAGACACUUCUCAAGGACAACAUAAAUGCAGAGGGGCUUGAGAUUCUUCUACCCUUUGUGCUUUCUUUGAUGUCAGAGGAGUCCACUGCUGUUUAUGCUGCCUGGUACUUAUUUGAGCCUGUGUCCAGGGUUCUUGGACCUCGUAAUGCCUCCAAGUACCUACUAAAGCCUCUGGUUGGUGUGUAUGAGAAUCCCAGAUGCCUUCGAGGCCGCUUCUACCUCUACACAGAUUGCUUUGUGCUGCAGCUAAUUGUGAGACUGGGUUUGCAAGCCUUUCUUUCCAGCCUUCUUCCACAUGUUCUGCAGGUCAUCACAGGCUUUGAAAGCUGCAAUACAGCUGCAGGGACUGAAUGGGAGGGCUUGAAGGUUUUAAGGGGAGCUGCUGGUGCCUUGGAUGAGGAAGAGGACUAUGAGUGUGAGGAUGGGAGGUCAUCUACUGCCACAUCAUCUGGCAAAGUAGGAGGAGGCAGUGGAGGUGGUAGUGGAGGUGUUGGUGGAGACCAAGGACUUGUGGAUUACUCCUCAGGCAUUAGUCUCAACGACCAGGUUUUUCUGACUGAAGGUGAGGACUUUCAGAAUGGCUUUUAUGUGAAUAAUAGUGCAUCUGGGGCAACAAUGGCGCUUUGUGCCAAACAGCAGAACCAAAGCCUAGCGAACAAAGAUCAAGACCAGGAAUCUCUCAGCGUGGGGAAACUGAGCGACAAGAGCAGCGCUAGUGAGGUGUCCAUUGGAGACCGUGCAAGUUUAAAGUCUGCUGACAGCAGUCAGGACCUAAAGCAAGCUAGUGAUGGUGAGGAUGGUGGAGAGCUUGAGGAUGAGGAGACAGUGGAAGACCGAGAAAAUACAGUGCAAAGGGUGCCCAGUCUAGAGAUGACUCUUUCAGUUUGCACAGAGGAGUCUGAGGCAACCGUGGCCACACUUGAGGGAGACGUCAUGAAUGGAAUUGUACAAGAAGAUGCAGAGAAAAAUAUGGAAGAAGACACUGAACAUGACCCUUUAGAAGACUCUGAGGAAAAAGAACACAAGAUACUUUUAGACACUGUUUGCAAAACUGUCAGAUGGCUGUCUGCAAAACUGGGGCCGACAUUGACAUCUCGAUUCAUAGCUAGGAACCUGCUGAGACUUCUUACUACAUGUUACAUAGGUCUUGAUAAACACCAGUUCAUGCUCUUGGCAAAUGAGGAAAAUAGCCUUGAGAGCAUAGGAAGUGUAUAUGAGAAGAAGCCAGUUGUUGGUGACCAGACUGCACGACCAGUUCUUGAGUGUCUUAUUUACAUAGCACAUCUCUAUGGAGAACCAGUCUUGACUUACCAAUAUCUACCCUACAUUGGCUACCUGGUCUCUCCACCUUCUUCUUGUCGUUUGAACACUCGAAAGGAGGCAGGGCUUUUGGGUGCUGUGGUACUCACUCAGAAGAUUAUAGUGUUCCUGUCAGACACCACUCUAAUGGAUAUGCUGAUGAAGAUUAACCAGGAGGUUCUGCUGCCUCUGCUGGAUUUGUUAACAUCAACUAAGAUGGGCUUUCCUAGUGGAGUGCAGACUCGUUCCGCUGUGUGCCUAAAGACUCUGAGCCUCAUGGCACUGAUCUGUUUGCGGAUUGGCCGAGAGAUGGUACAGCAGCACAUGGCAGAAACCCUCUCCAGGUUCUUCCAGGUUUUCUCUUUGCUGCAGUGUCUGCAAAAUCAGAUGGGAAGUGCCCCACGUAGGGAGGCUGGAGACAGCACAUACUUGGAUAUGUGCAUUCCAGAUGGAACAGAGAUUACUUGUGAGCUUGGUGUUUUGGAGGAACUUCAGGCUGUGUUUAAUCCUGAAAUGGCUUAUGCAUCUUACAUCCCUUUCUACUGUCUUAUUGGUGAUGCAGCGAUUCGCAAACUAGUUACAAAUCACGCGCUAGUUUGGAGUCUGGCUCAAUCAUAUCAUGAACGAGCAAGUCCAGGUAGCCCAGAAACCAACCCUACUGGAGGUCAGAAAACUACUGCUAUGGGCCUCUCUCCUAGCAUGGGCCGCCAGAUGGGUCGUAGUCCCUUCCCUGCUCCCUCGUCCACUUCCACACCACUAGGUGGAGACAUCCUGCCUGAGUCAGGAACAUUUGGCAGUCAUUUGGUGGGAAACCGUAUCCAGGUACCCCGGGACACUGAAGCCUGUGGGAGUCCUAACUUGUCUUCUUUGGAAACAUGGACACGGCCAUAUGGUUGCAGUGCUCCUCAGACGAGUCUAGCCACCACUGCACUUUCCUCAGCCGGACCUUCUUUCUCUCACUCCUCAUACUCUUGGGUUCUGGGACCCACUCCGGAGGACAGCGCACUGAAACAGGACCUCCCACGCAGCAGUCGCUCCCUGCAGGGUAAUUGGCUUGCCUACUGGCAGUAUGAGAUUGGUCUUAACCAGCAAGAUUCGCAUUUCCACUUCCACCAGAUCCGUCUCCAGAGUUUCUUGGGCCAUUCAGGCACAGCAAAAUGUCUGGCGCCGCUAGCAGGGGAGGACUACUUCCUGUCUGGGAGUAAAGACAAAACGGUGAGGCUGUGGCCGCUUUAUAACCACGGUGAUGGCACACGAGAGGUCGAACCCAGACUCAUGUACACAGACCACCGCAAAUCUGUCUUUUAUGUCGGCCAGCUAGAGGCCUCACAGGAAGUGGUGAGCUGUGAUGGUACUGUGCAUCUCUGGGAUCAAUUCACAGGUAAGAAUAUUCGUUGUUAUGAAGCUCUGGACGGGAAGAACCCCAUCACGGCCGUCGCCACUAUGCCUGCUCCUCACUGCAGUGUAGUGUUUGCUAGCGCAGACUCUGUGCUGCGUUUCAUAGACACACGCAAACCUGGCUUACAGCAUGAGUUCCGUCUGGCCUACAGUAACAUGAGCGCUGGCCUGAUCCGCUGCCUGGCUGUCAGUCCGAGUGGACGCACUGUGGCGGCAGGCUUCUCCACUGGAUUCAUAGUGUUGCUGGAUGCAAGAACGGGUCUGGUGCUAAGAGGCUGGCCCGGUCACGAGGGAGAUAUACUGCAAAUGAAAGCAGCAGAGGGCAAUUUGCUGAUUAGUUCUUCAUCAGACCACACACUGACCGUUUGGAAAGACGUGGAGCACAAGCCACUCCACCAGUACAGGACUCCAUCCGACCCCAUCCAUGCAUUUGAUCUUUAUGGUGCUGAGAUUGUGGCAGGUACUGUUGCUAACAAGAUCGGGGUGUACUCCAUUUUGGACAGCACAGCCAACCUGGCGGGAUCCACCAAGCUCAGCACAGAGAACUUCCGUGGGACUCUCACAAGUCUGUCUGUGUUGCCUACAAAGAGGCUUCUGCUGCUCGGCUCUGACAACGGUGCCAUCAGGCUGCUGGCUUAAACUAGCUAGUGUUGCUUUUUCAGAAAAUUAUAUUCCUUGUGCCACCUUUGGCUCCUUUCCCAGAAUGAAACAAUCUUGCCAACCAUGCACAAAGAAACCUGUUUCAGUCGUAGGAGCAAGCCUGAUAUUUCCAUUUUAAACUCGCUGAAAGAGAACUUAAAACCUCGCUCUUUAGUAAGUGACCAAAACUGAAUAUUGCCUCUGAUUCAUACAAUCAAAAGAAUUGUCUUUUUUUAUUAUUUUUAGGGUUCAUGUGAUAUAACUGCACUAGCUGCUUUGUAUGUAAUAAUCAAGUCUGUAUAUUCUCUUCAAAAAAGUCAAACGAAUGGAUUCUUAGAUGCAUGCAUGAGAUGAGCUGCUCAGGAAAGUUCAAGUGUGGUUCUAGUGUAGCGUUUACACUUUCCAUUAGACGAGUGAAAUCACCAAAAACAACACUGUGAGAAUCACAGGUUAGACUAUGUUGAUCAUAUCAUAUGAUUCGAUUCACCAGACUUGCUCAGCAACUAUGCAGUAUUCAUGGUAGACCUUUAUAGAGCACCAUGUUUGGCACUUUUUUUCUAUAUUACGCAGUAUGUUUCUUCAUCCACAUCAAUGAAGCAUAAUGAACAAGCAAAUGUGAUCAAAAUGUGAGUCCAAGAUGACUCUUCAUUCUGUUACUGUACACCGAUUGAGAGUGUAAAUACCUAUUAUGCAACCGAAUGGUCCUUAAUCCUUCAUGAAUUUGGACCUUCUGACAUUUAAAAUGUAUCUAAUGACUAUAGAGAUCAAUUUGAUGUUGUAUUAACCUUGAUUCACUUGUCACAUCAACCCCAGGUCAAGCAACAUGUUACAUUUUACACACACCACACUGUAUGUAUGUUUGUAUAUACAUACACAUUUAUAUAUGUAUAUAUAUCUAUCUUUGUUGAGCCUAAUGCUUACUAUCUAAAAGAAUACUUUUAUGCAACAUCCUUGAAUAGAUAUGAACUAGAAACUAACUAUUUAAUUUAUUACUGGAAUGCUUUAUGUAAAACAUUAUUGUCUCCAGACAUUCCAAUUAUAUAAUGUUCGAAUAUUUAGUGAGAAUUUAUUCAGAUUAUUAAAACAUACGUUACUGGCUCUCUAAGUAUAUCAGCACGAUAUACUUUCCGUAACCAACUAUUUGUCAGAUUUGGAAAAUUAUGAGUUCUGAUAUGAAUUCAUGCCUUUAUUAUUUUGUGUUGAAACAGGCUUACUAGUGUUAUAGUGUUCGUUUUGAAAAGCACAUUAUUUUAUGUUACUAAGUAGAGGAUUGUAGUGAAUCCUAUAUGGCCAGAAAAUUUGGAAAAGUGGAUCUCACUUUAUAUUGGAAUUCCUAUAAGUAUUUAAAAAUGCAAUUGGUUGUAUUUUACUCCUCAAACAGCUUGAUGAUUUUGAUGAUUCAUGCUAAAGACGAUGUCUGUUUGAGAUUGACAAACAUCUGUCUGAUGUACAGUAACACAAGCAACACACUGUCUUGACAUUGGCCAUUGCUCUUUUGUAUUUCAUUGCGAGUAUUUUUCUUUUUUACUUUUAAACUGUGACCUUUUUCUAUAUGCGCACUAAAAUGAACCUUUUCAAUGAUUUAAAGUAAAAGAAAUUGAUCAUAA